AGCAAAGCAGGCGGCAAAGAAACUCGCACAGCAGGCUCCCACCUGAGAUCCACACACGACUCACGCCAUCAGUCAGCCAACAUGAACGCGCUGCGCCAGAAAUGCCGGCCGAAACAUCAGGUCUUGAUCUUGAAGUGCUACCCCAAGUUGCCCAAGAAUGCAGCAGGCAGUGCGAGCGAGGCCAAACCGAAUGGCAGUGAACUCAGUUACCUCGUCUACUACGCGUCCAGUCGCAGGGCCAAACUCACAAAGGUCGGCAGUUUCCUGGAAAAGCGCACCGCGUCAGAUGUAUACAAGGGCAGGAUAGGAGCAGUCCACGUCACACUGGGCAUUCUUCACGCCUUCCUCAACUCGUCCAGCAUUUCCUCGGUCGACACGUUCCCCCUAUUCGCGCCCCAUGUGCUCAGCAUCCUGCAAGAAGUGCUAGGCCACUCGAACGACACGGGUCUGAUUGAAGCCUGUCUUCCCGUCUGGGAUGCUUUCUGUCGUGACCAGGACCAUGCUACCCUCGCCGCCGACGUUGAAUACCGCCAACAGUUUGCCAAUGUGGUCAAGAGGUGGACAACGUACGCAGACAAGACAAACAAAGAGGCGGGCGGAUCUAGCGAUGCGCUCAAGCUCCGUAAGGCUGGUCUUGAGGCUCUACGCAGUGUCGCCAAAGCCCAAGCACUUGCCAGCGAACCGGGCCGUCAGAUCAGCGUCUUCUUGCCGGCCGUCUUGCGCAACCUUUACUCGCAGGAUGCCACAUACCUGACCACCCUGCAUGAGCGAUUGAAUGAGCAGAAGCAUGCACAACAAGGACUCCGCCCCAGCAUGCAGACAAUUCGUAGCACAAACACGAGGGAGGAAGGAGAUCCGCGUGCUGCUGGAGGCACUGCGCAAGAGGCUGAUCGCUUUGCUGAAGAAGAGGCCGGCACAUUGGCCAUGCAAUGCUUCAAGGCCCUCUUCGAUGUUGACAACCGUGGUCAGGUGCGCAUGGCUACCUUGAGCAUGCUCGAAUACAUCUCUCAACACACCACUGGACAUGCUUGGUCCGUCGCCCUGGUCAAGCUGGCUUGCGAAUCGACCCCUGUCCAGGACCGCUUCGUCGUCUUAUUUACUGCCGUCGAGAUACUCAUUCGCAGCCCCAUAGUCGAAGACUCCCUGCAAUCGCAGAUCGUUCUGGCCGUUAUGGUAAAGCAGGUUCUCGGCUCCAACAUCAACCUCAUCGGCCUGUCUGUCAUGGAUAUCCUGCUCGGCUUGGUUCAGCAUGUUCUUCUCGUCCUACAGCUUGGUACUACUCAGUCUAGCUUGAGCGGGAACAACGAGAAGCCAACGUCGCCUGUCAUGGAAGUCGUUAAGACCGCUUCUCCUGUCAGGGUCGAGCUGCUCACCCAUUUGCGCCAAUGCAUUGUCAAUCUCGCCAUGCAUGUUUACUACACCGACCAGAUCUCGGACAUGAUUUCUGCUAUCCUCCUCCGUCUCAAGCCUGCAUCUGCCACCAUCAACAUGCCUGCUGCAACCGCAAACGCUAUCGAAGAUCCGAAUGGCGCUUCUGUUGAAUCUACUGCCAGCAGCGGCUUGAGGGAGCGAUCCAACACUGACGGCUUCUUCUCCUUCGACACUGCUAGAGAGGUCGCCCUCGAUUCUGUCAAGCGUAUUCUCAUUGUUGCCAACAACAACGAUACCUCAGCUAACGAGGCCACCAAGAACCAAAACCCUGUUCCAAUUGGAGUGUGGGAAGGUACACAAUGGCUGUUGCGCGACUCUUAUCGUCCAGUCCGUGUUGCUUACGUGGAUGCGCUAUGCACUUGGCUCGAUCUUGAAACUCGUGAGAAGGACUCCAAGAUUGAAGAAACCAUCACUCCCGAGAAGCACAAGCGUGAUAACAUCAAUGGCAACAACAUGGCACGUAGAGCGGUGUCUAACGCAUCCGCACGCGGUCGCGGCGUUAAGAAGGGUCGCUCUUUCUUCUUGCAACUUUUGCACCUUGCGGUUUACGAGGACGCCCUGCACCUGGCCGAUCGUCCUGAAGCUGAUCAUGAGUUCUUGCUCUUACACUAUCUGCUUGCAUCCAUCAUCACCAAGCUUGGUAUCAAUGCUGCUCGCUCUGGCUUGCCCAUGAUCUUUCGCCUACAAGAGGACAUUCAAAAGAUGGAGAAUCCCAAAGCUAAGGUCAGACUCGGCAGUCUGGUGCAUGGUUACCUUUGGGCUGUGGCUCACAGAUUCAACUUUGAGCACUCUGUUGUCGGCAACGAGAUUCAGAGCGAGAUUGUCCGCAGACAGCAGAGUGACAUCUGGGUACACGGCCUCCAAGUCCCGGCUGUCUCCCUGGCUAGAAUUGCCGAGGUAGCCGCAUCAGCUCCCACAAGGUUGACCGAGGCCACCGUGGAAUCACAAGCUCUGAGGCCCUUUGACCAUCGCGAACAGCUGAUUGAGCGUAUCUCGGACGCUUAUAGCGCUAACAUCGCAUCUCCGCCUGGUACACCCGGCAGUCCUGGACGCAGCUUCUCUCUGCCUAGUCUGUCUGUAGCACCUAGCGACUUCUUGAGCGCACCGAGCCGCCCCAAAGCAGAUCUUCCACAAUCUUGCUUGGAAGAGCUCACAGCAGUCUGGACGAAAGAGGAGCUCCUGGCAACUAUCGCUGCUGCCGUACCCAAGUCGACGUCAUUGAGUGGCUCGCGCGCUGGAACCUCAUCUGCACACCCGUCCGGUACCAACCUUGUUGCGUUGGGCGAUCACCGUCGUCUGCUUGCUGCUGCGAACACGUUUCCCUACCAGAGCCCUCGUAGCACGUCGGAAACCUUUGGUAAUGGGGGUACCUCUAAAUCUGGUCCAGCACGGGUGGGCACUAGCCACUCCCAACUUCGCAGUCGUCUAGUUAGUCGAAGCCCAGCCGGCCGUCGUCCUAGCAAUAGUACUUCUGGACAUGGCGAUGGUGCUAGCAGCGUCACAAACUCAGGAGCCAUGCGCAUUGAAGAGCUGAAGCGAGUACUAGCUGGUCAAGUGCCACCUUCAUCCGCCAUGUCUAUGCAUCGUGCUGGCGCUGGCGAUGACUCCAGCGAGAGCAUGAUGGAUGUCGAGGAUGGAGAACUAGAAGAUGACGCCAGUGACUAUAGCCCUCCACCAAACCGUUCGUCCACCCAACAGGCUAGCAUGCCACCGCCACCUGCCCCUGCUCUUAGACUCAACAGUGGCGAGGUGGUGACUAAUGGCACUUUGCCUUCCGCACCCGUGUCUGAAAGAGGUCGUCCGGAUGGUCUAAUUAACAGACCGGCGAGCAGAAGAGUAGCAAGCAGGAGUUCUGCCAGAGGCUUCGGAGGUGCCGCUAGUACACAUGGCAAGAAGGAUCUCAGAGACCUGCUGUCGUCGAUCGGCACGGAAGAAGAUGAAACUGGCGAAGGAGUCAGCAGAGCACCUUACUAGUGCACGUGACCAGAAGAUAAAGUAAUGGAAGAAGUGGAGAUGAGUGGGAUAGAAGAAAGAGCCUUUGUUUUUGGAUACCCCCUUGGUACAAUUGUUUGCGUACGUUUACAUUGUGUUUACUCCUGCCUAAAGACCUUGCUGUCCCGUAAAAAUCACCCUGACUACAAUCAGUGAUGUGAGGGUUGUGCUGUUGGACAUUGUUCCCAGUUUCGUUCUUCGACUCACGUUCCCUUGACAUUGCCAUGCUGACACUCAGUGUCGAGACGAACGCCUUGGCC